GCUCCUCGCCGCUCCACACUCUUAAAAACUGCAAAGAGUGCAGCUGAGUCACCGACGUGUGGGCCCCACAAGCCACGGCGCGCGGCGGAGGAGGCGGCGGCGGCGGCCGAGGCCGGAGGCGAGCGAUGCGGCCCGAGAGGCGGCUGUACAGUCUCCUCGGCUUCCUCCUCCUCCUCGCUGUCGUGUAUCUCAGCUGGUUCCCCUCCGGAGGCGGGGGCGGAGGGGGGCUCAAGCUGCCGGUGCCGUGGCUCCAGCCGCGGAUGUCCUUCGCCGGCCGCAACGGCACCCACUUGGUCGACGCCGCCACCGGGGAGCCGCUCUACGUCAACGGCUGGAACUCCUACUGGCUGCUCUCGGCGCGGUCCCCCGCGCUCGCCGCCGAGAUGCUGCGCCGCGGCCGCCGGAUGGGGCUCUCCGUCUGCCGCACCUGGGCCUUCAGCGACGGCGGGCCCGGCGCGCUCCAGAUCUCGCCCGGCCGCUUCAGCGAGGCCGUCUUCCAGGUAUUGGAUUAUGUGAUAUAUGAAGCCCGGAGAAAUAAUAUUAGGUUGAUUCUUUGCCUUGUCAACAACCUUGAUCAAUUUGGAGGGAAGGCUCAAUAUUUCCAAUGGGCACAAGCAGCUGGAGCUAAUGUGACGAAUUCAACCGAUUCAUUUUUUUCACAUCCAGCUAUUAAGCGCUAUUACAAGGAUUAUGUAAAGGCAAUAUUGACCAGAAGGAACUCUUACAGUGGAAUCAGAUACUCUGAUGAACCUGCUAUAUUUGCUUGGGAACUCAUGAAUGAGCCUAGGUGUGUGUCCAACUCAUCUGGUCCUUACAUUCAGGCUUGGAUUGCAGAGAUGGCUGCAUAUAUCAAGAGUUUGGACACUAAUCAUCUAGUUACAGUUGGAACUGAAGGGUUUUAUGGUCCUGGAAGUGCUGAAAGGAUGGAUAUUAAUCCUGGGGAAUGGGCAGCUUCACUUUGCUCAGAUUUCAUACAGAAUUCAGUAGUUGAACAUAUUGAUUUUGCGUCUGUUCAUGCUUAUCCGGAUAGCUGGUUACCUAAGGCAAGCUUGGAAGAAAAGGUUCGAUAUCUUUCCAGUUGGGUCGAUUCGCACCUGAAUGACAGUGAACACAUCUUGAAAAAACCUGUCAUUUUUACAGAAGUAGGCUACCUACAGCAUUCAGAUGCUAACAGCACAGUUGAUAAAGAUAUUAUUCUAAGAAUUGUUUAUGAUAAAAUAUAUGAUUCGGCCAGAAAGCUGCAAGCAGGUGGUGGUGCUCUUAUUUGGCAGCUGAUGGUUGAAGGAACACACAUGUAUGCUGAUGAUUUCUCCAUUGUGGCACGGGAUCGCCCCUCGACUUAUAGUUUGAUAACCGAGCAGUCAUGUCGUUUGCAAAGGAUGUAUGGGAAAGGAGACCCUGGGUGGCAAUGCUCAGUACCACCCUAAAGAUUUUUCUGCUACUGAUACAAAAACGAUCCUGUUCCAUUAAGCAUAAACUCCUUUUGCAGUAUUAAACAAAAAGCAAUUAGUGGACAGAGAAACAUGUAUAGUAAACACUGUUGAUAACUUGAGUGACAGACUGCUAGUGGAGAAUCCACUUCAUAGACGGCAUGACGGCAGUUACUUGCCGGUGGUGGUUCAAGACUUGGAAGUACUCUGGCAACGACAUGUUAACAUGGUUAAGCAACAUUCUUGAUCAUCGACCACAUGUUUAUGGUCAUCAACUAUUUGUGUGCCGGUAUAGUAUUCUUCCAAGGUUCAUAUUUAACUUGGUUUAUUUAUAGCCAAUCACAGGAAUAGCAAGAGUAGUUUAGAAAACAUUUAUGUAUUGUCCAUAUAACUAUAAGGCCGAUUAAGACGUUUUGUUCGUUGUCUUUUUGGUGGCAUUAUGUGUUCGCAUCGCGGGUGAACAAAAAACAUGUUUGUAACUCUCUAUUAGCAUGUGUUGCAUGUUGUGCAA